CGAAUUGUUCAAGAGAAGCAAGGAUAAGUGCAAGGAGUUGUUCGAUUCGUGAACCAGUUUCCUCGAGCUUGCGCAUCACGCGCCGCUUCGCAAGCGCGGAAUCCUGCGAGAUACGAAAGUUCACAGCAAGGAUCGUCCAGUGUGGAUCUACCCUUCGCAGACUUCGCGAUACAACCCCAUAAACCCCCUCCAAAAAAUUGAGAUAAACCUCGAUAUAAAAUCCUCGUCGAAUAACGAAGCUCAGAAGAGUUUACUCGCUGGAUCACUUCGUAGGGAGAUUCAAAGAGGAUUUAAUCACGUUGACGAUGAUGCUGUUCCUGUUGAUCGCUCUCACAGGCAUCCACUCGGGUUGGUCUCGGCACGAUUCCUCGAUCGAGAAUACGGCUGUGAGCACAGUGCACACGGUUCCGCUUGGCUCGGAAGCGACCUUCCACUGGAGAGUGGAUCUAGUGAAGGAACGGGUGAUCGUCGAGGUCCAUUACGUCGGCAACGAGAGCUGCUGGUUCGCGAUCGGAUUUUCUGAUUAUGGAGAACUGAAGCCGGCUGAUUAUUGUGUCUUAUGGUCUGACUGGCAUCAACAAACUCAUCUUCAAGACUCGUGGGCGGACGUCGACGGAAAAUUACAUCUGGACACCCAGCAGGAUUGCGACAGUUUUGCGUGGAAACGACGCGGUAACAUCACGAAAUUCACGUUCUCCCGCAAGUUUGACACAUGCGACGAGCAUGAUUACAUUAUCGAGAGAGGCACCACGCAUCUGGUAUGGCUUCGCGGUCGCGGACCGCUGUCCUCUCUGGCCGGUCUCGAGAUAUCGGAUGCGAAGGCAUCUGGCAUGUCCCGCACAGAAUUACACAGAAUAUCCCAUAAGAAGCCUAAAUUCCCGACAAAUGCCUGGCAGCUCGAGUUACUCGCCUAUCGGGUUCAAGUGCCGAAGGUGGAGACGACUUAUUGGUGUCGCGUGCAUAAAUUACCAUCAGUAUUGAGUCGAAAGCAUCACAUCCUGCAAUUUGGUCCCGCUAUUCAAGCAGGUAAUGAACAUCUUGUACAUCAUAUGGAAGUCUUUCAUUGCGCUGGACCUGUCGAUCUGGAAAUACCCAUGUACGAUGGACCCUGCGACGGAGCGGACAGACCCGAAAAAACGCAGAUCUGCAAAAAAGUGUUGGCAGCAUGGGCGAUGGGUGCCGAUGCGUUUGUGUACCCGGAGGAGGCCGGUCUGUCCAUUGGCGGGGCCGAUUUUAAUCCACAUGUUAUGUUGGAGGUACAUUACAACAAUCCUGAGUUGCACCAGGGCGUUAUCGACUCUUCCGGUAUUAGAUUCGUCCUCACCGAAACUCUCAGAAAGUACGAUGCCGGUGUGAUCGAGCUUGGCCUCGAGUACACUGAUAAGAUGGCCAUACCUCCGCAACAGGAAGCUUUCACACUAUCCGGUCACUGCAUAGCGGAGUGCACCGGAGUCGGAUUGCCCCAAAGUGGUAUUCACAUUUUCGGCUCUCAGCUGCACACGCAUCUGACGGGUACCAGAGUCAUCACUCGUCAUGUGAGAGACGGCGAGGAGUUACCGCCGUUGAAUUAUGACAAUCAUUAUUCCACCCAUUUCCAGGAAAUCAGAUUGCUGCCGAAACCGGUGACCGUCCUGCCCGGGGAUUCCCUGAUAACGACUUGUACCUACAACACUAUGAAACGAGAUAACGUGACUCUCGGUGGCUUCGCUAUCUCCGACGAGAUGUGUGUUAAUUACAUCCAUUAUUAUCCCAACACGCAAUUAGAGGUAUGUAAGAGUGCCAUAAGCGACGAUGCUCUACGGACAUACUUCCGUUAUAUGCGAGAGUGGGAAAAUCAAGAGACCAGUAUGGAAAAGGGCAUUUCCGCCAAUUACAAGAGCAUUGAGUGGACCAAGGUUCGCGUGGAAGCUCUUCACGAUCUCUACAAAGCUGCACCCUUAGGGAUGCAGUGUAACGGCUCUGAUGGUUCCCGAUUACCUGGCUUGUGGGACAAUAUCGCAGCGACACCCGUCAGAUUGCCUCUUUCACCGCCAGCCAGAGAUUGCUUGGAACCUUUGGUCCAGCGAGACAUCUCAGAUCAGAUGUGAAUAUCGAUUAGUCUCUAAUGAAAAUUCGUUAUUUCGAUCAUUUCACUGUGCGAAUAUUCCAAAAGAACAAAAAAGUAAUUAAAAUUCUAAUCCAAAGCAUAUCAAACUUAACAUUACUUAUUGCUUCUCCGAAAUCUACGUAAUGUUUAUUUUAAACUUGUGUUUCCUUUACUUGACUUAACAAUACUCGAUUAUUAGAUCCAUAAAAAUAAUCUACGAAACUAAAAUUUGACGAUCGAGGCAAAAUGUAAGAAGUCCACAAAGGAUCGACUGAUGUAAAAGUUUAUAAAUCUUCAGUAUAUUUAUACACUUUAAGUGUGUUUCUUCAUUUUUUGGCAGUACAGUACGCAUUUCGCUGCGAACAAGCUUGAUCAAAUCUUGUAACAAACAGUUUACUGUC